AAUUGUCUUUUCACAUUCCCCCCAACAAUCGUAUCUCCCUCUCCGUCCAACUCCGUCUUCCUUCUGAUUCCCCUUCCCCUGCUGCUCCGGCGAUCUCUUAACGGGUUCUUGGAUCCUCCGCUCAACCCGAUAACCCGUUAGCUUCCUCUUCUCCAUGGCCUCGUUUCUCUAUUUCGCGUUUUUCAGUCCAAUUCCGGGGAAGUUUCUUGAUAAAAAUCUUAUCUUUGUGAAUAAUUUAUGAAAAAGAUUGAGUCUUUUUGAUUAAAAAUCGAGUCUUUGUGGUGUUUUUGGAGCAAUGGAGGCGGAGGCGGUGGAGGAGAUAGAGAGGGUGUUGUCGAGAAGCCAUGGCUAUUCUAGAGAUCUCUUGCAGCGGUUUGGGAGCGGUGUGUGCUUUGAAGAGCCGCCGGAGACGGCCCGUGGAGAGUCCGAUGAGAUUGAGCUUAGCCUUGGGCUUUCUCUUGGUGGGUGUCUCGGCGUUGAGGUGAAGGAGAAGAAGCUUGUCCGUUCGUCGUCUGUGGCGGCGGUGUCGAUGUUUCCGAGGGAGCAGGAGUUCAUGGUUGCGCGGCCGAUUGAGAGGGCUUGCUCGUUGCCGACGGAGGUGGAGGAGGAGCAGAGGAAGAGGAAGGAGAUGCAGAGCCUGAAGAGGUUGGAAGCGAAGAGGAAGAGGCUGGAAAGGAGGAGCUCGAGAUCGGUGGCGGUGGCCGGAAGGCUCCGUUCUGGUGAGGGGUUGGAUGAGGAUAUGGAGAAGUUGGAGGCCGAGCUCGGAGGGGUUGUGAAUGGCGUCGUGCCGGCGAGACUCUUCGGACCGAUCUCGCAAGGGUCUAUUGGUUCUCAGGGAAGUAGUUCCUCCGGCGCCUCGGAUUUUGAGGCCAGGACAUUGCAAGGUCUAAACCAGAGGAAUCUAAGGAACGCCCAAGAAGGCGAUGACUUGCUAAGGAGGAAUGCGCAGCCAAAUGGUGUCAGUGAGAUGGAGAGGAGCAUGAUGGAAGAGAUGCCAUGUGUAUCUACCAGAGGAGACGGGCCAAAUGGCCGAAGAGUGGAAGGAUUUCUCUACAAGUACCGGAAAGGGGAGGAAGUGAGAAUUGUGUGUGUUUGCCAUGGCAGCUUCCUUACCCCGGCCGAGUUUGUCAAGCAUGCGGGCGGUGGUGAUGUUGCUCACCCUCUCCGGCACAUAGUUGUCAAUCCAUCGCCUUCGGCCUUCUCAUAAUGAUGCUUGAAAUCAGAAACUAGAAGGAUAGCUCUUCUUUCCUUGCAAAUUGUCAUGAGCUUUUGUAUCUCUUCCUUUUUAGAGUAGAGUUUUUUUUUUCUUUCUUUCCCACUUUGUUCAGUUGAUGAGCUUCUAACAGAAAUCAACUCUUGUACCUCAGAACCAGAGGUCCAUAUAUAUUAAUCUGAGCCUGUGUUUUUUUAUUUUA